AUGAAUUUCUAUGCCUUAAUUAGCGGUAAUCGCUUAGGCAAGGGAAAACGUCAAGUAUCAUCGCAGACAGUAGAAGUAUUUCAUCAUUAUUAUUAUGCUACCAAAACAACUAGCGAUUCAGACACAUCAACUCAAAUGACAGUUGAAUUUCGGCUGAUUUUUUCUAUUGAUUGCCUUACACUAAUUUGUGAAAAGAGCACAGUACAAACAGUAACAACUCAAAUGCUUACUGUCAUUCGAUUUGAAGAGAGCCAAUUUCUAACAAUCUUCGGUUUAACAACGCCAAGCGGCGGUGAUGGUAGUAGUAAUAAUAAUUCACCAGCAUCACAGAUACCACCAACGUCAACUGUCAGUAAUCAGCUGAUUAUACCAACAACUGAUGAAACGAGGCAACCCCAACCAACUUCUGCAUUUACAAAAGAACGUCCACAAACUCAGAAAACUGGAACCAAUACAACUUUGUAUCAAAAACCAGGAAGAACAAAACCUUCUCCGGCCACGAAACCUGAAACUUCUAAACGAGCAAAACCAACUAAACCAUCAGAAACAAAACCAGAAUCAACUUCAACUGUUCGCUCGUUUACUUCAUUAUUUUCGUCAAAAGCAUCAAGUGCAUCGAAAGCCACAAGUAACCAGCUACAAACAGAGUCAUUCACUUCAUUCUCUGGUGGUACGUAG